AUGGAACCCCCAAAACAUCAAUACUAGUUCCCGCAGAGCCCGACGGCCCUUUUUCCUUAGCCUGCCAAAAUAAAAAAUAGUCCGUAAUAUUUAAAAAUUUGGUCCCUCGUUAGCCGAGAAUCGCAAAUCGGGAAAUUAUUUCUCGACAAAAUCAUCAAUGAUGGGCGCGGUCGUGGUUUAAUUUUCAAUGCGAGUUGUGCUUGUGUCAGUAGAGGACAGAAGAUUUGAAGAAAAGAAAAGUAAGAGAAAGAGAGCGAAAGAACGGGACACGAAGACGAAGCUGCAGGAGCGACCUCAGUGUUUUCAGUUACGAGAUAACGCGGAUGUCGGCGAUUCUCGGUUUCGCCAACGAAAAAAACAGUGCUUAAAUGUGCUUUAACAUGAUGUCGCAGUGAAAAAUCGACAUUCCCUCAUCUAAAGGGACUGUCCUGGAGUGGGAACCUCGUCAGGUCCAUCUGUGAAGGAGGUUCCUUAUCGUACGGGAAUCGGUGGACCUAGUGUGGGGUACAAACCAACCCCGCAGCACAGUUCGCAUUCGAGGCAUCCUCUGCCAAAUUUUUCUCAGGACUCGACUGAUUCGCCGAACGCCACUUCUCUCCUUCAUAUCAACAUCUGCACUCAGGAAAAUAAUAUGCGUGGUCCUGUACUGAAUAUAAGCCCUGGCUUGGCAGCCAGUGGAGUAGACAUGGAAUAUCGCAGAAGUGCACAAGGUUCAAGUCAACUACCCCUGAACUCUGUUCAAAUUCAGCCUUCGCCUCCAUUUUACAGGCCACCUAGUCAAGACGAUGGUAGAAAGAGCGAAUCUCCAUCGAGGAAGCGUCGCAGAAUUUCUCGCAAUGGCACAGUUUCCGGAAUUGAAGUACAAGAGUCGGCACCACCGGCACCGACUCCACCCUUACAUACACCAACUCCGCCCUGGGAAGUGGCACCAGCCCAACGGCGAUCAUCUCGUAGCCACCUGGCGGCACGUGGCAGCCCACCAAUCAGGAAUCGAUACCAGCGAUACACCGAAUCGUUUACACCGUCGUGCCCAUUCCUCCAGGGAGUGCACAAUCCCCACCUGCCUUCUUCUCACAAUGUGCACCCAGGACUACACAACAACCACCAGCACCAACACCAGCACCAACAUCAACAUCAACACCAAAAUCACAAUAUUCACAAUCUGCAUCAUAGUCUCCAUGACCCUCAACAUAAUAUGCAUCAUGCUCACCCGUCCCAUGCUCAUCAUCCGAGCGGUUCGUCUCAUCAUCCGGCUCAAGGAACCAGUGGGCCAGUUGUUGUCGAAGUUGGUCAAGUUGGCGUCUCCGGUCUGGGAGUUGCUGUCAGUGGUGAAACUCUCUGGCAUCCUCAGACUGCGGGUUACAGACUACCCUGUCAUGUUCAUGGAUAUUAUGCACCGCCUGGACCACACGCAUUUGCGCAUUCGUGUCAGGUGACGCAUCCACAUCACCAUAAUCACUAUUCAACUCCUCCUGGACAUCCCGGUCAUCCAGCACAUCCUGGACACCCAGGACAUCCAGCGCAUCCUGGCCACGCCGGACAUCCUGGUCAUCCUGGACAUCCCGGACAUCCAGGGCACCCGGGACAUCCAGGUCACCCAGGGCACUCGAGUCAUAGUUUAGUCGGUUCUAUAGUGGGUGCUGCUCCUCGAGGAUUCCCUGCUCCAGGACCAGUUGCUGCUCUUCAUCAUCCACAUCCGCCACCUCCGCAGGUUCACACGACGCAUUAUACUGCUCAUCAUCAACUAACUCAACCAGUCUUGCAGAGGGAAGUCGAAUUGGAGUUGUUGGGCUCCCACCGAGGCGGCAACACAGUCGCUCCACCACUACCGAUAACUCAUUCCUACAAUCCGCAGACGAUAACUCAUGUCACGACGCAACCCUCGAUUUUCUUGUCCGAGGUGCGUGGAAAUCAACUGGAAAUGCUUCAUGCAAGAACUCGACCAACUAGCAAUCCUCGUCGACCCAGGAACAACAGAAACAACAGCUGGCGAAGACCGGCUUCUAUAGCACCACACACACCUUUCCCAGGACUAUUGCUCCAUUUCUUGACAAUGUUCAGCAAUCCACCGCUAUCGCCGUAUGGCCAGGCUGAUCUCUCGUCGGCUGAUGCAACUGAAAAUGAAAAUUACGAGGCUCUCCUGUCCUUAGCUGAGAGACUUGGAGAGGCAAAAGCUAGGGGUUUGUCACGUUCCGAGGUUGAUCAACUGCCUUCUUACAAAUUUAACCCUGAUUCGCACGAAGGCGAUCAAACAAACUGCGUCGUUUGCAUGUGCGAUUUUGAAGUUUUGCAGUCACUCCGCGUCCUGCCUUGCUCACACGAAUUCCACGUUAAGUGUAUCGACAAGUGGCUUAAGUCCAACCGAACGUGCCCAAUAUGCCGAGGCGAUGCCGGCGAGUAUUUCAGCAAUGGUAGUACAACCAGUGAUUGACGUCGUGAUGCCCAGGUGCAUUAGCGCCAAUUCUCAUCAACGAGAAGGCUCGUCCUGGCCCAACUUCCAGCCGUCACAUUACUGGUUUGUUCAAAUCCGUGCCGAUAAUUGGCCUCAGCUCCUCCCCAGAAACCCCUAGCGUGACAAAGAACCAUAUCUAACCACACCAGAUAUACUUGGAAGCAUCAGGACGGUUUCUGGAAUAUUAUCCAUUGGAAGUCGCGCUUGUAGCUUCUGCCAAAGAGGGACAACGAAGGGCGUGUCUUGGGCGGCAUUGUUUGCAAUCAAAGACGAGUUCUCUGCAAGUUUGCGUCACGAGACGAUUUAAAACCCGAGACUCCUCCUCGCCUGUUUAUUACCUUUUUUUCUCUCCCCCCCCCCCCUGUUUGAUUUUUUUUUUAGUUAGUCUAGGUUUUAAUUACCACGCAUUUCGCAUUGCUCGCAAACUAAUCCUUGCAUUAAUCGAGUUAGGAUUCAAUGUAUUACCACAUAAGGGGAAAAUGGCGUGAGAAGGUAGCUGGUUGCACGCACUUGAUGAGAAUUCAAUUUAGGAAUUCUCUUCGGCGAUAUAAGAAAGGAAAAAAAAAGAAGAUAUAUUGUUGUGUUUAGUAAUCCUUGUUAGUCAAGUGAGACACCAAGCACGCUGAGCUCUAUCCAGUUAUAUUUUAGUUGAAAGAUUCAAUUGGUUGUGUUUGAGUUGAGUCGAGUCGAUGUAUGGAAUCGUUAAAAGCGAUUGUAAAAUUCUAGCACGUGCAACCAGUCGCGCCUGUGUGCAUUCGGAGUUUAUAUCUUAAAUGGAAACACACUUUAUGUAAUAUGUAUAGUUGUAACUCGCCACCUUUCCAUUAACAACAGCAACAAUAAUAACAAUGUUUUAGAUUAUUUUCUUCUUUUUAGUACAUUGUUCGAAUUUAUGAAUGUAGUUGUAAAUAUACAAUUGGGGAGGACACGUGUAACCAAAUCUAGCGCUUAGGUUUUUCUCUGAUAAGAAAAGAAGGCAAUGCUAAUUGUAGGCGUUUGCGUGUUUCGUAAGGCCAGGUGAUUGUUUUAAUCCUUAAACUAUUUUCUAGGUAUGUUUAGCAAUUUAGGUGCUCUAGAUAGGAAGAAUUAUUUUAAUUCGAGUCUCUUGGAACUCUUUGAUUUCCAAAAAACUCUUUGUUUUCUAGGUUUCUUGUUUUGUAGUCUCUUUGUUCAUUGUUCGACGGUUCUCUCCUCGGGUCUUUCCUAUUCCAACGAUUCAGGUUUCCGGCAUUCUUUUUUCCUUCUUUCUUCCUUCCUGAGAUACUGGAAACGAUUCAGAGUCUUCUGAAAAAAGGUCUUCUGUAAGUUUCGAGUGUUUCAGAGAAAUCCAUAGCCUUUUUUUUGGUAAUAUCCCGAGUCACGAAGAAGAUAAUGAAAAAAAUAUACAAAUCGAAAUAUACGAAAGCAGCUUCUGUUUCCUGCGUAUCUACCUCUAACAGAAGAUAAUGAGACGAUUAAUAUUUUUUUAUAAGCACACCUUGUAAAAGAUAAUCUAAAAAAGAAAAAAAGUAUGGUAGAUGAGAAAAAGUAAAAAAAUAUCGAAAAGAAACGUUAUAUGCAAUAUUGGAAGAUGUUUAGUGGAGGAUGUUAAUGAAAUUAACGCUUAGAGAUUAUCGUCAAAGUAACCCCCUCCCCCCGUAUAAUGUGUGCCGCGUUUAGCGCUUCGUAGUGAUUCUAAACUUGGAACGGGCUGAAGAAAAUGAUAAACAUAACUUUCUUAUUUCUCGCGUAUGGUGCAUUUUUCAAUGGCUUCUCGUAAUGGCUCUUCAGUGGUCAUUCUUUGCUAUAAUUAGGAUGAUAGUCUCUUUGAAAUAGAGUGUAAGAGAUUCUUAAUCUUCGAAUGUCUGUAUAAUAUGCUUACUCGAUCUGUUACGAUGUUGAUAAAGUUACGAUUAUUGCAAUAACAACAAGCACAACAAUAAAAAAAGAGAAGAAAAUGAAAAAAAGUCAUCGCACAAUCGAUUCACGCUUAUCAGUUGCGUGGACAGUUUCUGAAAAUUGAAAAUUGUCACCUUGUCGAAUUUUCUGCACGCUUGAAUCGUCAGAAUAUGAAGAGAAAGAAUGAAAGAUCGCUUUUGGUACCUCUUUGACUCUCCUUCCAUUCAUUGCGUGCCUUUACUGUACUAACCGAUCGCCAAGAAAACAUUCCGAGGAAACGUAUUUAGAGGAUAUUAACGUAUUUGCAGGAAUUCACGUGAAAAAGAAAAAAGAAACACAAUAUACGUAAAGAUAAAGUCGUGUGAGAUGUUUUUUUUUGUUGUUGUAUGAGGAAAUCGGGUGAAGCUGUUGCUAGACGUUGUAUGCUUUUGCUCAAUCUCGCUUUUUCUUUGGACUCACAUUUUCGUCUUUGAUUUUGGGAUUCGUUUUUCUUUGAAGAAGGGAAUUCUAAGGUGUGCGAAUUUUUCCAAAAGCUCGACUCGCAAGACAUCAAAAUUGUAAAAGACAGUGUGUUGAUCUUAGCAAGUAAGGACACAUAUCGUUCUUUUUUUAAAAAUUGUGUUAUCUUUUUGUACUUUAGAUUUAAUAGAGUUGUUGUGUCGCAAUGAAGUUCGUUUGAACCAUAGCCUAACUACAUGUUGUCAAAAGGGACGAGCGUUUGAUCGGAAAGUCUGUCGCGAACGUGUAGUACAGUUUUCGAAUUAAAAAAAAUCCAAACUCGAACUUUGGGCUACUUAAAAAAAAAAAAAAACUUGUUCUUUGCCUAGAAUGCUAAGAGUUGAGGAAACUGAGAACUCUGCAAAUUGAGACUUUGUUGGAUUUAUUUUAAAAAAAUGAGCCUGGAGGGUAAGCGCUGGACAACGCAAUGUGAAGCUGUGAUAGUGAAAAUCAAACCAACAAAAGUCUCAGAUGCUCGAGAGAGGAUCCUUGCUGUAAACGAAUGUUGUUGUCGAGUAUCUUGUAGACGGUGCAAUUUUUCAUCGGAGACCUUAAUCUGUCCAACGCUCCGUCCCUUAAUACGCUUAGAUUAAGAAAAUGUAACUAUCUAUAAGGUGUACCUUGAAAAAAAUACCUACCGAUCGAUGUGUGAUGUGCUGCAUCCCCAUCGAAAAUCUUUAUUGACACCUCGAUCUUCUUUCGAAUUUUUAAGGCUUUAAGGCUCACGAAACUGUAAAUAUCAUUAACGCAUUCUAGAAAAUAUUAGUAUGAAAAAAAGGGGGGGAAUAGGUGGCACUAACUUUGAAUAUUUCUGACUUUCCUGGUUGGGGGGAGGGGGGGGGGGGGUUUGAAAUAAGAUCGAGAAGUCGAUGAGUGAACAGUACCAAAAGAAAUUCUUAUUCCACUAUAGUCGCAACCCGAGAUCCGCUUCUAGAUUAAAUGUAAACUUAUCGUGUUUGCAAAGGGAAAGAUAUAUGCACGUGUACAUUUAAAUUAGAUUAGGGUGGGCAAGCCUUUUAAAAACUAAAAAAGUAACUUUUGUGAUCGCCGUGAUUUUUGUGUUGUUGUACGUGACUCGAGAGAGAAAGAGUUUUAAAAAAAAGUCGGUGGCAAUCGAAUAAUCAUGGUGGUGUGUGCGAGUAUCUUUUGUUUCUUCAAGAUAUUAAAUGACAAAGAAAGAGAAAAAAAAGAUUGAACCCUUUCUCACUUUGGUGCUUGUAUUCGCAAUAGAGUUAAAUUGGAUGGAAGUGACGCUGGUACCAUCGCGUGUCUUAUUAUUUUGUUGGCAAAUUAGGAUUAUUCUAAUUGCGUUGAUAAUUUGAACUUUUGAGUAGAUGUACUAAAUUGCCAUUGGUAUGUGUUAGAAUAUUGUAUGGGUCCGAUUUUAACUGUAGUUAUUUGUACGCUAUUAUUUAAUUUCUAUAUUCGUUUAACUGUUGUCGUUUAAUUAAUGCGAUUAAUACUUGUACGGCUAUCGCUUAGAAAAAUCACUUAUACAGUUUAUUAACAUUUGUCUCCUCCGCUACCGGUAAGAGUGGAUUUUCCACAGAAAAAAAAUCUAUAAAAAUAAAUAUUAAAAAAAAAAACAGUGAACAGUGCACACAUGGCGACUGGUAAUUAUUAUUCAUAAUAACGAUUCAAUACACCACAAAGUAACGAUGUACAGAAGCAACCAUACGAUGCCAAACGAUUCAUGUUAUUAUUAUUAUUAUUAAUCGCUAUCAUUACUGCUACAUAUUAUUAAAGAAAUUAUAUGUUCUUUUCA